AUGUCACGCUUUGCGGCUCCACUUGAAGGCCCGCGCGGUCCAACGCGCCCCAUAACCUUAAGUUUCGAAACGGACGAUAUCUUAUCCGAACCGACGACGCCCCACCAGAGCACGCGCAGCUAUGGCAAAAAUCAUGCAACCACUCAUUGGCUAGACGCGGCGUCUUGGAGGUCAUUGAUGGUAACGGUUGCCGACUUCCCCUCAUUCUCGAUUGCGUCCGACCUGCCCAAGACGAUAUUACCUUGGGACUUUGCCCGAUUCUUUACGCUCUCUUCUGUUUUAAAUCAACAAUUUUUCGAAAUGGGCUGGCUCUGGGCUUCACCAUCUCCCCCCAAGACUCCCGCCCCGGGACAAGCCUCACAGGCUCCCGCGCCGACCCCGCCAUCCUCGACUAAGACGACUGACUCCGAGAUCGAUCCCGAGAUUGCAAAGUUCCUCGCCCUUUUCCAGAACGAAUCGGGCAGUCAGCCAGAAGAAAAGGCGUCAGCGCCAGCACAAUCAUCCUCCCCACCGUCCAAGCCAUCAUCGUCUUCAUCAUGGUUCUCCCUCAAAUCUUCACCCGAUUCCCCCUCUCAAACCAGCAACCGUGCAAUCACGCCACCCUCCGACAAUCCCGUGGCUGAGUCCACCCUUCCCACAGAGAUGUCUUGCCGCCAGGCAUUUGACAUGGCCUUUCACUGCCAGUCUGUCGGCGGCCAGUGGAACAGCAUUUACCGAUACGGCACGAUGCGCUCUUGCAGCGAACACUGGGAGGACUUUUGGUUCUGCAUGAGGAUCAAGAGUUACUCGGGGAAGAUGAAGGAGGAUGCCAUAAGAGACCAUUAUCGUCAGAAGGAGUUUGAAAAGUACGGAAAUGGCAAGCCAAGUAGUGAGGACGUCUGGCAGGCAAGGACCACCAAGGUCCCACCGGGCAUGGCAUUUACGGAGAGUUUGGAGGAACCCACAAUUAAUGACGAGGAGUGGCAGAGGAUGGAGAUUGAGAGGCGGAAGCAGAUUAGGCAGGGGCUCGGCAUCGAACCAGCAGCAUGA